AUAAUAUGCGAUGAUCAGCGGUCUUUGGGCCAAACACGAAUCUAUACAGCCUUGGUUGGUAUUACUUCGGUCAUAGGGCGGCAAAAUAUGUUGUUUAUGCUUAGAAGUUUACUGCAAGAUAACACCAACUCUUGUGCAAAUUGAUGGAGCCGUAACCUGCCGCUGGCGUGGUGUGAACCAAGCCGCAGCAGUUGCACAGCAGCAGCCAAACAAAAGGCUGCAGGCCAUAGCCUAAAGGGCUACAACGGAUGGCAUUUGGGGGUAUGGACCUCGAGGCUCUAAGGGCAGAGCUGACAGCUGCCCGGCAGGAGCGUGCGGCGCUGCUGCAGCAAGUGGUGGACAUGGAGCCCCUCGCCAUGCAGACGGGGGCGCCAGAUGCGACAGAUCCCAGCGCUGGGACGCAACAGGAGGACGGCUUCCAGGGCUUUCCUCCCGGGUCGCUGGGUCAGGGCUGGGGCGGGGCUCCGGUGGUUGAGGCGCAAACCAGGGCGGUACGGAAGCUGAGCUGGGGCACCCCGCGGGGAACCACAAGCCUUUCCGCCAGCACUUCCAUCUUCACACCCCUCUCAGCAACAGCUGCGUCGCCCAUCCCUUUCGAAGGCGCCCCUGUUGGCGCGGGAGGAGCCUGGCAGCCAGCUGGGGGCUGGCACGUGACGGGCCCCUCGUCGCGCCCUGGGAGCGACCCGCCCGCCCCAAGCGAUGCCAUGGCCGACAUGGGCAUCGCAGCCGCCGCCAGCCCUCCGCGACGUGCUUCCAGCGCUAACGCGGCGGGGGCAGCGCCGUCGUUCUUUGGUACGGCAACGGCGUCGACGGGGAUAGCAGCAGCGGCAGCGGCGGCGGCAGCAGCAGCAGGGGGGCCGGGGCCGGCGGAUGGUAUGGAUAGUGCAAGAACCGGCGGUGUGACGGUGUCAGAUGUCGUCGCAGCAGGGGCGGGGUCGCCGUCUAGGGAGGCCGGCGGCUCAAAUCCCCAUCCGACGCCACCACUUCCUCCCCAGCCGCCCUCCUCGGCAUCCCAGCUGCAAGCCGCGGUGUCGUCUCCCCGUCCGCAGUCCGCUUCGGUGGUCGCAUGGACCUCCAAUCCUGGCGGCAUUGGCUCCAUGGCACCCUCCGCUACUGCUGUCGCUGCAGCAGCGGCCGCCGCAGCAGCAGCAGCCGGGUGCCGUGCUAACCCCAGCCUAAACACAAACAUGGGCGGCCUGGGAGGCCUCGUUGGCGGCGGCAUGAGCAGCUCUGUCAGCGGAGCCGUUGCGGGUGGCAGCGGCAGCGGCGUUGCCAGCCCUGGCGGUGCUAUGGGCGCCAUGGGUUUCCCAGCCGUGAAGCUGAGCGCUAGUCCCGGACGCGCCGCCGUCGCGGCGGCAGCAGCACGUGCGGCGGCCGCUGCAGCGGCGACGGCGACGACGGGACAGCCCAGCGUGCCCUGGGCGGCGCACCACGGCGCCAACCCCGCGGGUGCCGGGAUUGACUUGGAGGCACAUCGUCGAGCGGUGCUCAAGGAGGUCUUGGCCGCCGUACUGGGCGAGCCCGUGGGUUCUGCAAAGCUGGAGCACUUGCGGCUGGACGUGGAGACGGUUGCCGCCUACGUGAAGCAGCGUACGGCAGAGGCAGCUGCCGCGGCUGCGUCGGAGGCGGAGGAGCGGGUGCGGGCGGGGCAGGCGGAGCGGCACGCGAAGGCUGUGCGGGCGGCGGAAGAGGCGCUGAAACGUGACAUGGAGGAGGCCCGGAAGAACAUGGAGGAGGAGAAGCGGCGGGUGAUUGUGAAGCUCGACAAGCUGCGAGGUCAGCUGGCGGACGCGGAACGAGACCGCAAGUCGCUGACGGGCAAGUCGGGGCAGCAGGCGCGCGAGCUGCGGGAGGCCAAGGAGGCCCUACAGCUCUCCAAGCACCUGAUGAGCACCGCCCAGACGACAGCCGACCAGAAGGCCAAGGCGCUGGCACGCGUCCAGGCGGAGCUGGAGAAGGUACGGACGGAGGCGGCAGCGGCGGCGGAGGCGGCGGAGAUGCAUCUGGCGGCGGCGCGUGAGGAAACGGCGGCGGCUCGACGGGACGCGGUGGAACAAGUGGAGGCGGCCGAGGUACGUGCCGAGGCGGAGGCGGAGGCGCAUGCCAUGGCGGCGGCACAUGAGGCAGCGCUGGCGGCGGUACGAGCGGAGGCGGCGGCGGCGGUGGGGGCGGCGGAGGCGGCGUGGCAGGCGAUGGCGCAGGCGGUUGAGGAAGUGGUGGCGGAGGCAGGCCGGGUGACUGGCGACGUUAGUACGGAACUAGCAGAGGUGCAAGCAGAGCUAGCGGUGUUGAAGACCGACCUUACCUCCAUGCGCGCCGCUUUCCGAGAGGAGCUCCGAGCCAUGCGUGACGCCGCCUACGCCGCCAUCGGCGGCUUCCACGCCGCCUGCCGUACCGCUGCCCGCGCGCAUGCCGAGCGUACGGCACAACUGCUUGGCUUGGACGAGACGCUGAAGCGGCUGGGGCCGGGCGGCGUGGCGCAGCUAGUGGCGGAGGUCGAGUCGCUGAAGGGGCAGCUGGCGGAGGCGAAAGCGGCGACGGAGCGCGCGGCGGCGGAGGCAGCAGCGGGGUCGGCGGCGUACCGCCGCGCGGCGGCGAAUGCGGAGCUCAAGGCGCGGGAGCUUCAGAUGAUGGCGGCCUCGCAUGGCGACCUAACAACGGAGCUGGCGGCUGUGCGGGCGCAGGCUGCGGCUGCGCAGGAGGAGUGCACGGAGCUGCGGAAAGCGAGCGAGACGCUACGUUCGGAACUCCAGCAGGCCAGGGAUGAGGCAGCGCAGAACAACGCGGCCUUGCGGGCGGGGCGCCGCGAGCUCGAGGCCGCCAUGGGGGCCUUACAGCGGUCGGAAGCGGCGGCGGCGGCAGCGCGGGUGGAGGCGGAGCAGUGGAAGUCGUCAGCCGCGGAUCACUUGGCGGCGGGGCGGCAGGAGGCGACGGCGGUGGCGGCGACGCUGCUGGCGGAACUCCGCGACCGUUACUUUCAGACGCUGCCGCUACCCGCCGGUACGACAGGAGGUACGGCGGCGGCGGCGGCGCGUGGGAGUCCCUCGCGGCCCCCUCCUGGCGGCGGCGGCGGUACAGUGCCAGAGGCGGAAGGCAGUGCUGCCGCCGGCGGCGGCGGCGGCGCCAAGGACGCGGCUGACGGCGGCAGCAGUAGCGUUGGCGGAGGCGUUUCUGAGCUGGAGGCAGCCGUUGGUGUACGGCUGUACGACGUAACGCAUGAUCGCGUGAUGGCGGCGUUUGAAACGUACCUGUCGCGUCAGGCGUUAUUGGCGGGAGCGCCGGGCGAUGUGGCGGCGGCGGCAGCUGAGGGCAGUGGCGAGCGAGACGUCAGCCCGCUGCGCUCCCGGCUGCCGGAAGCUCCUGCCGCUGCCUUCGGGGCCGCUGCCGGCUCGCUUUCCCCUGUGCCGGGUGCUCCCAUGCCUGGGGUGCUUCUGCGACCCAUGGACCCAGCGCAGCAGCAGCAACAAGCCCAUGUCGCAGCCGCCGUGGCUGCUGCGGCCGCGGGCGGUUGGCAGCGGCCGUUGGUUUCGGAGGUGGUUUGGUUGGAGGGCUGCUUGCUGGUAGCUCUGCUGGACCUGCGGCUCAACGGCGGACGCAGCAACGGAGCGGGAAGCGGCAGUGUGGGCGGGAGCGGGAGCAGCGGGGGCGGAGCCAACCGAGAGGGCGGUCGGGAGGCCUCGAGCUCCUCCCGCCCCAACUCCUCCUCCACCUCCGGGGCGAGCACAUCAGCCCAGCAGCAGCAGGCGGUGCGUGGCCUCGUCGCCCAGCUCGUUCGUACGAUGGCUUCGGAGCGCCGUCAGCUCAUGCAACGUGUACGGCAGCUGCAGGCCGGCGGCGGCGGCGGCUCGGGGCUGCUGCCGCCGUCGCAUCCGUCGCCGGUAUCCUUCCUGUCGUACGCUGGCGCGGGCCGACGGACACUGGCGCUGACGUCACCAUCAAUGGCGGCGGGGCCGGGUCGAGGCAGCGGCGGCGUCGGUGUACGAACGGCGUCGCUGACGGCGACGUUGGCGGCGAUCCCUGGAGCCGGGCCCAGCCCUUCCGCCUUGACGUCGGAGCUAUCACGGUACAGCACAGGUCCGUACGGCAGCACCGCCUCCGCCGCCGCUGCGGGCUUGUUGGAUGUGGAGAUGUCGACGACGUCGCAACGCCGAGGUGGCGGCGGGCGCGGCGGCGGCGGCGGCGGUGGCAACGGCCGCGCCGGCGGCGGCGGCGCCGGCGCCCUGCUCUCCACCAGCUCCACAUCACCCGUACGCAGCAGCGUGCGUCGCAGCACAGACACCGACGCUGUCCUUCCGGCACCCCUCGCAAACCUCUACAAGUCCGAAAGCGGCGGCAUGGCCCUUCCUGCUACGACCUCCAUGCCGGCCGUGCCGCUGCAAGCUACCAACUCCGAGUGCCUGCUGCCGCCGCUGCCCGGCAAUCACUACCACCCCACGCAGCAUGCCGGCCACAGUCCCGGCCACAGCCCAGGUCCUGCACAAGGCCCCUGCUCCCAUGCUACCGGCGGGGGCCCUGGAGCCCCGUUGCAAGCACCCGACAUGGAUGAAUUGAUGGAUGUGUUGCAGUACCCCUACUCGGGCCGCCCGGACCGUCCUCGAGCCCGAAAGGCCCCUCGGGUCCACAUCGAAGACCGACCGGACCCCAGCCGCCCCCUCAGGGCCGACGCACGGAGUACCGGCAGAAAACAGGCGAUCGCCUAUAGAUCUAAAGCCAGUCCUGCUCGCGCCCCUGCACCCAAAUAACGCACGUAUCGCGCCAGCCCUGGCGGCCCCACACCCUCCUCCCAGACAUCGAGACCAUCGAGGGCUGAGGCUGCUAGGUAGCACCCAACCCAUUACCCCACCUCUGACUUUGGCUGUAUUACUAACCUCCUAGGAGUCAUCCCCCCCUGUGACGCUGCCCCUGUGACGUGAGAUGACCUGAGUUGGGAAUGUCUUUAUGCAUCUUUCUUCAUGCGUACCCUUCCCACACCUGUAUUUGAAGUGUCUGACAAAGCCUGCUGCUCCCAUCAAUCCAUGCUACCCUCACGCCCGUCGAACUGUUGAGGGCGCUGAGAGCGCUGGGCAUCCUCACGCCUCCCUGACUGAUAGGCUUGAAUCCUUGUACUGCACAGCCUCGCACCGCCCUGCAACCUCCAGUGCAUCCGAAUCCUGCCGCCUGAUCCUCCCCUGGUUGGCGAGAAAAGCAACUCAAGUCGUCUCCUCCCUGCACUCCCUACAACUACACACGACAUGGUGCCUCCCAUGUUUCCCGUUUCCCUCCAUCCAGGCGUUGGACGCGUCCCAGUUCCGUCGAAGCCGAACAUGGAACGGCCCCUCAGGGCGUCAGUCGGCCUGGGCUGGCUUGGAGGCCCCUGCACCAGGCGCGCCGGGACAACCAGCCGGCGGCGAAGGAGGCGAGGAAACCGACCCACGGGACGGCGGCUCGGCCGCUCGCCCAAGGCAGAACCCCUUUGCCACGCCGCCGCGGCCUCCGCAUGGCAGCAGCAGGCCGCCGCUGGGACCUCUGGCCGGCGGUGCUGCGGCUGCUGCUGUUGCUGCUGCCGGCGGGUCAGACGCGGGUGAGGUCGUUGGUUCGGGACCCAUGGGUCGCACCCCAGGCCGAACCGUAAGCUGGAGUUCCCCUGGAGUGAGCCCCAUGGGAGGUAUCGCAGCCGGGGCAGCAGCAGCAGCAGGGGGUGGUGGCAGCGGAGGCAGCGGCGUUGGUAGCGGCAGCCUAGCGGGUAGGGGCCGGGGGCCGGGUGGGAGGUUACACUCGGCAGAGGGAAGUGCCCAUGCCACACCUACCAAGGUCAGUCCGUAUUUGUUACCUCCUGGGGCGCCGAGGGGAGCCGGCGGAGCAGGAAGGUAGUGGGAGGUAGCGAGCGCAUGCGGUUGGUUGCACCGUGGAAAGGCAGUACGUAUGUGAUACAUAACUAUGUAGCAUUAUAAAUUGGCUGUUGCCGACGUUUGUGUGAGACCAGGGAGGGAUAUAUAGCAUUAUUAUGAGUGGUGUUUGAAUGCUGAUUAGUACUGAUUAGUAGGGCCAUGGGUUUUAUGAGAAGUUUCGGAAGAAGGUGUUUCAACAUUCAGUGAGAUAGGGCGGAGGAACGGGUCGAGUCGAAUACAAAGCGUCGUGCGCCAUAGCCGCCGAUUCGAAGAAACCCUUGGACUGGUAUUGGCUGUUAGCAAGGUGAGGCACGUAGCAGACUGUACUAGUUUACGUUCAUGACCAACAAGGAUACCCAUGACUGGUUAGUACUGGUUUGUUUGAUUCUACGACCGUUACAAAGGCUGUGUCCUCAACCGUUAGGGGUUUCGGAGAAUCCAAUGUACCUGACAUCCAUGCUGCGUGUUUCCUCUCCAUUAGUCCAUCGUUGUGACGUACGUUUGUGAGCCUCAGCGGUUGCUCUGAAGCAACUUCUGGAUGCGUGCAUGUACAUCCAACCGUUGCAUGCCUGCCGCACGGUUAGGAAGGGCAAGCCGUGUUUACGUGCGCACGGGCAUGUGCGGUUGGGGCACGCAGAUAGCCGAAGUUGCGUUCUCAUUUCCCUUCUUUUGGAGAGGAUGUCCAUAACCAAGGCGGCUGUACUGCCUUCAUGAACACUGGAAUGUCGUGUUUGAAAGGGGAGUUCGCUUCUCCUGGAGUCCUUCUGAGUUUGCGUUGUGUGUCCUUGAUGACUACAUUGAAGAGAGAUUCUAGAAACUUCUUGAGCAAUAUCACUUUUGACAUGGAAACUCCACCAUAUCUGGAGGCAUGUGGAUAACCAUCACUAGGCAUGUCGUAUGAACGAAUUGGUACGGCAGCGAAUUGCGUGCCGUAGAGCCAUAUCGUGUGCUGGUGUGGCUGAGCUAGACGAUGAGUAGUUGCAUACUGCAGGUACAUUUUGGCACUGCUGCGAUCAAGAUGCGCAAACUAGGAAUGGUGAUUAGCGGGUUUGGACGAGAGUUUGGAUAAGGGUUACAUACAUAAGUACGAUGGUUUGGGUUUGUUCAAUGGAAGGGCCGAAAGCAUGCAUGAUGAGAGCAUGGGAUAGCCCUGCAAACAACUUGACAGCGUUUGGCACCUUAUGGAUAAGGAGUGAAGUCGGUAUUAUGAUGUGCAUGGGUGUAUGAUAUGGUAACGGCGAGGUGGAGAGGAAGUGUAGCUGCGGGCACAUGUGAGGGGGGUCAAAGACCAUACCUAACCUUAGGGGGGGGCUAGCCGGUUGCAUUCUUGCGAAAUCACAUUAAGGUAUACGCAUUAUCACGUGUUUUGCGCGGCGACCAUUUGGAUUGUCAGGUGACACGCCACAUCUUGGAUGCACGGCGGUAGACCCAUAACUCCUCCACUGAUUAAUGGACACGGUAGCUCAAGGCCUUGGGACGGUUGG